AUGGCCAAGGUCACGGCGCUCGGGGCCGAGGGGCGCCCGCGCCGACUUCCGGCUCCCCCUCUCGGCAGCGGCCCGGGGCGCCCGCUCCCCACCCUGGCCGCAGCCGCUCAGCCUCGCGCGCCUUGCGCGGAUGCUCGCCGUCCGCUAACUAGGGCAGCGGGAGAGCCGCGCGGGGAAAGCGCUCUGCAGCGGGUCCGCGCGGGGGAGCAGCCCCCAGCUGGUGCCCGUGACAGCUGCGACCUCCGCCCCCUCCAGCCACGCCAGGGCCUCGGCGGCCGCGCGGCUCGUGACAGCUGCACCCACCGCGAGGCUCUGCGCCCGCCGCCGCCACUCACCUGCUGCCGCCUCCUCUGGGCCGCGCUCCGGGUCGCCACGCUCGCCCGCGACCGUGGCGGAGCCGCCGCGGCCUUCGCCGCUGCUCGGGCCCGGCGCCCGGCCCCUGGGGCCCAGGCGGCCGCCGCCGCGGCGGCUAUCCGGCCCCCUCCUCCGGAGCUGAGGUCCCCCCACAGGGGGAUGCAGAACGACCCUGGCUGGGUUCUGCCUGAGAGGACAGCAGCAAACAGGCAGCCGGGGUGUUCAAGGCCGCGGUCCAACCGUCGAAGGACAGUGCUCGGCGAAUCAGCAGUACUGAGCUACAGACAGCACCAGAUUCAAGCAGGUGGCACUGGCACCUCCCAAGUGGUCAUGUGGUGA